GGCCGAAGCCGGAAGGUGGCGGCGCACAUGGGAGCGGGGCCCGGGCCCGGGGCCGGCACCGGGAUCGGGAUCGGGAUCGGGAUCGGGAACGGGGCGGGAGGAGCCGCCGGGGCGCUGGGCGCUGCCGUGGCUGCCCUCUACACGGCCACGCUGCCGCCCGCCCUGCCCGGCGGGGAUGCGGGGGAGCUGAUCACAGCCGCAUAUGAGCUUGGAGUCGCCCACCCUCCCGGCUACCCCCUGUUCACACUGCUGGCCAAAGUGGCCACGGAGCUGCCCGGCGGCUCCCCCGCCUUCCGAGUCAAUCUCCUCUGCGGCUUGCUGGGAGCAGCUGCUGCCUCUUUGCUUUUUUGCACGGUUUUCAGGCUUUCUGGCUCAUAUGCUGGAGGAAUCCUUGCUGCGGGGGUGUUUUCAUUUUCUCGUCUAACAUGGCAGUGGUCCAUCACGGCAGAGGUUUUCAGCUUAAACAAUCUGUUUGUGGGGCUGCUGAUGGCUCUCACUGCUCAUUUUGAGGAAGCAUCCACUGCAGAAGAGAGAUCAAAGAUCUCUAAAUUGGGUGCCUUUUGCUGUGGGCUCAGCCUGUGCAAUCAGCACACCAUAGUGCUUUAUGUUGCUUGUGUUGUGCCCUGGGUUCUCUCACGGCUUUUCAGAAAGAGGGAAUUGUCCUUAGGCCAUUUGCUGAAGUUGGGUUUAUGCUUCUUGGCUGGUUUGCUGCCUUAUCUCUAUCUGCCGGCUUCGUCCUACCUCAAUCGAGCCCGCUGGACAUGGGGAGACCAGACGACUUUUCAAGGAUUUUUGACCCACUUUCUGAGGGAAGAAUAUGGGACAUUCAAUCUGGCCAAGUCCGAGGCAGGAUGCAGUAUGGGAGAGAUGCUGCUUUUUCAGCUGGCACAGAUGAAGUCAGAGCUCUCCCUUCCUGUCCUUGUCCUGGCACUGGUGGCACUGCUGAAGAAGCAGCAGAAAUCACCUGUGAUCUGGCUCUUCACUGGAAUGCUCUGCCUUUAUUCCCUUUUCUUUGCUUGGAGAGCAAAUUUGGAUGUUACAAAGCCUCUGUUUCUAGGUGUGGUGGAGCGGUUCUGGCUGCAGAGCAGUGCUGUGGUGGCCGUGCUGGCAGGGCUGGGACUGGCCACGCUGGCCAGCCUUGGCAGGGGCACUGUGCUGGAGGGCACCUGGCUGCUGCCAUGCCUGGAGUGGCUUCCUGCUCUUGCUCUCGUUGCCUCUCAACUUUGGGCAAAUUACAGCACUUGUGAUCAGAGCAACAACUACGUUGUUGAUAAGUUUGCAAGGAACGUGCUGUCCUCCAUGCCAGUGGGAGCAGUGAUCCUGCUAAGAGGAGACUUGCCUGGGAAUGCUCUUCGUUACCUUCAUUAUUGUGAGGGGAUGAGGCCAGAUAUCACCUUAGUGGACCAGGAGGUAUGUUCAGAAAGUGCUUGUGGUGUGGUCUGGUUUGUGGGGACACGGGGUGGCCCACAGUCUCUGAGGUGGCUUCACCAUGGAUCUCUCUGUUGGUUUUUUUUUGGCAGUAAGGAAGUGUUUGUCUGCAUAGGUCUUCAUGAAGGGGACUCAACCUGGAGAAGGAGCCACUCGCUCUGGCCCUGGGGGACAUGUGAAAAGUUGGUUCCUUCUGGAGCUGUGUUUGACCCAGGAGAGUGGAUUCGUCUCACAAGGAAUCUCUAUAACUGGACUGAAGACUAUGGCAGUUUCAGCCCCUCUUCCUGGGAAGCUGUCGCCAACGAGGAGAUGUGGCAAGCCAGGAUGAAAACAGCUUUCUUCAUCUUUGACCUCGCAGAAAAGGCCAGUGUGACUGCAGAAAUGAAAGCACAACUUUACACAUUUGCAUACACUUCAUACAAAGAAAUUGUCAACUCCCAUCCCCAUCACCCGGUGAACUGGCACAAAAACUACGCCAUCGCCUGCGAGAGGAUGCUGCGCCUGGGCCGGGGGGACGUGGAUCCCGAAACGCUGCUCUCCCAAACUGUGAAACAUUUCCUGCUCUACACUGAGAGGGCAGAGGAUGAUCCCCAGCGCCAGGACAUCCUGCAGGCUGUGCAGCACCUCAGGGAAGAGCUGCAGGGGCUGAGGAGAAGGAAAGCAGAGCUGAGGAGCAAAGCUGGGUAGCUCCUGGCCUUGCUGAAAUGUUGAAGACGGGAAUUAAAAUCUGAAUUGGUCCUUGGCGGCGUGAGAGGGGUUUCAAAAGGUGACAGAAAUGGCAGCAGAGAGGAAAUCAGGUGUGAUCCCCUCUGCAGGAACAUAGUGAUGUUUGAUUUCUGUUGCCAAAUGAAAUUUUUUUGGGGUAAGGGAGAAGCUCACCACUAAAUAAAAUAUUUGGAUUCAAAAAAGAGAGUUUUCUUUUACAAGAAAACUAUGAGCUUGUACUGUGAAUAUAUAUAUAAUUUUUUAAUGAAUGCAGCAUCCAUUCUAGAUGUAAAAAUGUAUUUAGCAUUUUGUUGUUUCCUCUGUUGCUGAGCCAAGAGGUUUCCUAAAGCCAUUUUUCAUUAGC